AUGAUAGAUGCAAUGUCCAUGGUUAAAAUGAACACUCUUCAUUGGCAUGUGACAGAUGAUGAAUCCUUUCCAUUCUUCUUUUUCUCAUAUCCACAACUGUCAACAUGGGGUUCUUAUGAUGAUAAAUCUACAUUUUAUUUACCAGAUGAAGUUACUGGAUUGUUGGAGUAUGCACGUUUAAGAGGUGUACGUGUGAUACCAGAAUUUGAAACACCAGCUCAUACAACGCGAUGGAACCUACCAACUGCCUCAUUACUCACUAGAUGUUUUAAAGGCGAUGAACCAGAUUUUGCCUAUGGUCCUAUCAAUCCAACUGAAAAUAACACUUAUACCUUUCUAUCGAGAAUUUUCAAUGAAGUGUUGACAGCAUUUCCCGACAGUAUGAUUCAUCUAGGCGGCAGUGAUGUAUCUUAUGAUUGCUGGAAAUCCAAUCCUUUCAUCCGGAACUUUAUGAAUGACAAAGGAUAUGGGGAUGACUAUACAAAAUUGGAGAGUUAUUAUUUUCAGCGACUUAUGACGACUAUUCUAGGCGCGAAUUCAUCAGAAUGGACAACAUCACCGAUUGUUUGGCAAGAUGUAUUCGAGAAUGGAUUUCGUGAAGAAACUCCUGUCGUGAUUCACUUGUAUAAACCUGAUUGGGCACAAAUAUUGGAUGAAGUUACGAAAACCGGAUAUAGAGCAAUAUUGAGUUCAUGUUGGGAUUUGAGUAAAGUGGAACCUGGUGAUGAUUGGAAGAGAAUUUAUGAAUGCGAUUUAAUUUCAUUUGAAGCUACGGAUGAACAGUUAAGCUUGAUAAUCGGAGGAGAAGCUCUAUUAUGGGGUCAAUACAUUGAUGAUGCCAACCUGUUCACUGAAACAUGGUAA